AUGGAUCCUCCAAGGUUCGACUCUGAUAUCCUACAAUACGCUCGGCAACAAGGCAUUGCAGUCCCCACUGAGUUGAGAAUAGCUUCAGCGCUCAGUAUCAGUGAGAUAAUCCCCUCACCUGAUCAGUACUCUGGUGGAAUCGCAAGCGGGUUCAAGAAGUUCUAUUCGACUGCCAGAAAGGAUCUAGAACCGCAAAAGCUUGAUCUUAGUCGUGAAUCUGCUCUACUCUUGAUUGCACAAAAGACAACGCCUACGGAGUCACCAGUCUGUUGGGACGACAUGCUGCCUUCAAUCAAUCAAUUGGGUACCCGUUCAAGAGAUCCUCCUCUGCAAAGCGAACAUGCAAUCCAUGAAAUUCAGUCCAUUGUCUCUCGGAGUGAGUCCGGCUUCAAUUCUACGUGCCUGAAACCAGAACAUGCACAAAGUGAAUCUCAGUCUGUGAAGCUUGACAGUUACUUUGCACCUCUUAUUGCACAGCGUCUGGGCUUUGGUACUGUGUGGGGCCCACCCAAGAACUAUGAUACGCCCUCAAGUCUCUCGGAAGUGCUCGCACAAGCUCGAAGUCUCGGCUCUGUGAGAUUGGAUCUUAGCAAAAAGGCACGUACUCUGAUGUCCAAGGAUUGGAGGCCGAAGGGCGAAGCAUCGAGCAAAUCAGUGGAUUCGAUACGUUAUGAAAUGCUUUUCCAGCACAAGACCGCUACGCUUUUCCAUGACAUGGAGCUUGUUCCCGAGAAGGUUGAACUGCACAGUGGGCAAUCAAUGCAAUUUAAAUCUGCAGCUCGUACCCGGAAAUUAGCUGCAAUGCGUCAAGGGAAGUCCCCGUCAAACAACACUCCACUUCCCACUUUCCUGUUUCCUAAAGACCCAGCUCUUAUCCAGCUACGGGAAGACAGGCAAGCCCUUCCUUCCAUCCCAGAGGAUACGCAAGCGGAGAAUCAGAGUCAACAUUCGCGAAUGUCGCCUUGCGUCCAAUCUGGAUCACCUACCAAGAGUCCAUAUAGUGCUGCGGAUUCAGUGCUUCACAAGGUAGAUGAUGCCGCAGUACCUCCAAGUUCAACUGAUAGGGGCCGACUUCAGCCAAAUAAUAUAUCGAUAUUGACACAAAUUGCUCAGGAUGUACUAGAUACUGACCUACCCGCCAAUGGGACUGCAUCGCGACCAAUCUCCAUCGAAGCAUCUCCUGAGCUUCACACAAACGCAUCAUCUGUGGAUGGUGGUGUUCCAGUGACUCCCCGCUCGGUUGAUAGUGAAAUUGCUUUUCCUAUCUCUGACAAGCUUAUUCCUGUUAUUUCCAAUCCUCUGUCGAUUACAGGCAUCGAAUCUGCAACAGAACGGUCUGAAAAUGACAACGGUAAGUCAGUUCAACGCACCGGCUUGACUGGCACACGACCUCUUGAAAAUCCCCCUACUGCGGUGCUUGGGAAUCCAAGCACAUCCAGUAUUGGGUUAUUCAGCACAGGGCUUGGUUCUCUAUCCACAUUCAUGGAAACGAGGGGCAUAGUCACAGCAAACGGCUCUUCAACUAGCCCUUACUUUCCCGCUCACGAAACUAACAAAAUCAACGAGCAGCAGCAUCAACAGAAUCAACACAUCCCUUCAGCUUUUAAGCCAUCAACAAACUCCCAUUCCUUUGCCACCCUCGCCAAAAUCAAAUACAACCACGCAAAUAUGGCAUCCGAUUUCACCCUCUUCCUGUCCAUCGAUCUUCUCAAGACCCAUUUGCAAGUAAUCCAAUUUCUCGAACAACAGCCCACCCCUCCCAGACUGAUUUACCGGGAGUACAAACUAUUCUUGACCCCCACAGAAUCAGAAAACCCCCAUUAUCAACGAACACCCCCAGAAGCAGACAUAAUAAUCGCUCCGUCUGUGGGAAUCAUACUAUCAUCUUUACACGCCUUAACACAAACCUACCUACCUGGUCACAGACCUAAAGAUCCCUACAUCCGAAGCAACCCAGAUGUCAGAUCUCCUCUCAGAGAACGAAUUUUGUACCUAGCACCUCGAUACGAAAUCCUGUACUUGCUUAUCAGCCAUUCGGUCCAAGUCCAAGCAAACACCAGUCCGGCAGAAUCGUUACGAAUGAACAACUCCAUCCAAGAAUCUCUCCAUUCCCUCAAUGUUUUCUGCGACUCUUUUUCUCAAUCAACAACAAUAACCCCUCUUCAACUUCCUGCUCUCCCGGAACACAUGACGGCAUGCAUUCUCACCCUCGCAGCCAAACACACCUAUUCGCUUCCGCAAAUCUGCAUUCCUGUGCCUGACCCUGAUCCAAACAUCUAUGCCAGCUUCCGUGGAUAUGUCACCCUGAAUCAGCUCCUCCAGGACGACGAGACGAGGUGGGAGAUUUUCCUCCGAGCCAUUGGACUUAAUCCUUUUGCGGCGAGGACAGUGCUCGAUGUUCUUGAGGUGGAGGGUGGUGCUGCAACUGGGCUUGGGGGUGAACUUCAAUAUUUUCCAGUCAAGGGUUCAGAGAAGAAACAGUCUGCUUUGACCGCUUUUAUUGAUAUGAGGCAUAUUGAGAGGCUGUAUCGGUUUAAGGGUUUGAUAGGGGACGGCUUGUUGGUCAGGUUACAUGAUGUUAUUGAGGUGAAUUGA